AGUUCAACCUCUUUGAAGGCAGGAGCCCAACCUCCCCAUGUUUGCUGCCUGAGACCCUUAAUUAGGGCACAGCUAGGAAGCAUUCACAGUAAUUAACUAUCCAUUGUGGUGAAUAUUAUCUGAGCUCUCUCAGGUGUUGAAAAGCUCAGGACAGGGCUCUGGUAGCAAACUGUAUGGAUGUAAACAUGAAUGAUGGUUUGAUAAGAAACAGGCACUGCUCCCACUGAAGAUAAAAACAGAAACUCCCAAAGGCAUCUGAUCUCUUCACACCUCUGGAUUUCAGUGUCACUGGGCUACAGGUCUCUGAAGAACUGGCCUUUAAUGUCUGCCAGGAGGGUUUUCAGUUCUCACAGACUUCAAACAAAGGUUUAGCAUGAGUGUCCUGCCCUUGUAGAAGAGCUGACCACGCACAUCUCUGUGCAGCCAUGAAAACCUGCAAGCUCACAGUGCUCUCCUCAUGGCACUGAAGAUGAUGUGACAUUCUUAAAACUACAACACCAUUAUCCUCUUAGCACUGGAGAUCACAGCACUGGGAUGCUACGGAGGAGAACAAAAGGUUGCUCUGUGCAACAGGAAGGCAGCGCUCCAGGCAAUGUACUGCACCGAACUAGAGCUGCACUGAGUAUAAAAUGAAACAAAAUUUGCAUAGCUCUCUUUUUUCACGGAAAGCCAGCAGCAGGGAGGGGGCACUGAUCUUAGUAACCAUUCACCUUCUGACAUCAGAAACCUCCGAUGCAACACACAAGGCUGCUGUCGCGAAAUCCCUGAUCACGAACAUGAAGCUCCUUCCCCUCCUCACAGCUGCGACCUGCUUCACGCCCCCAGCUCCCUCGUUCUUUGUACCACAAGUGAUGAAGUUUUUUUUCCAGAUCACAUGAGCCAGGAUGAAGGGGAAAAUCCUGCCAGGAACAGAGAUGGGCUGCAACCUGAACCUGAUCAAGGGGAGAUACAGACCAAGUACCCUGAGAGCUAUAUAAGGUGCUUGGCACAAGAGCAAACACUUUUUCAGAUGAAAGACUCCCAUGAAUCAGCCAUGCAUGUGAAUGAAGACACCGUUUCAAGGAGGCUUGGAGCCACUAACAAAACUUUUCUGUAUUUCAUCAUUGCUACCCUUGUUGCGUUGCUCGUAUUUGCGUUAGCCACCAUCAUGGUCUUAGUUAUCCGGAGGACGGCAGCUGAUCCUGCCACAGAGGGCAGCACAGAACGGAUCCGCAAAGGGAAUACCUCCGAAGACUAUUUAAGAAUCCUACAGAAUAUCCCAGCCAAGGGAGCGGCUGCGUACAUGAGAGUGUCACAUUCAGUAAAUGGCUCGAAGCUGAGCUUGGCUGGGAAGGGUAUAUGUGACAACAUCCAGUGCAAGAGCGAGGAGCUGGUGAUCCGUGAGCAGGGCCUCUACCUGAUCUACUGCCACCUGAACUUCCACUUUGCCAACUGUUCCCACAGCCCCACAGACCUCAAGAUAGAGCUCCUCAUCAAUGAUGAAGUCAACAGGCAGACGUUAUCCACGUGGUGUGCAUCAGACUCGUGCCAAGAGAAGAAUUUUAAGACCUUGUUCCAGCUCCAUUUGACAUACUUGAACGUGGAGGACCGGAUAUCAGUAACACUCAGCCAUCCUAAAUUCCUGAAUGAAGUUCACCUUCCCAAUGAUAACGUGCUCGUGGUUUUGAGGUACAGCGAUGAGAUGUGAGGAGCUCUCUGACUCCCCACCACCGCACAGACUUUCUCUGUCUUCCUCUGAUGACAGCAGCCUGCUUUUACUAGGCUACACCUUGUUUUAUGUUUCCUAUCUUACCUCAUCACUAGGGUAAAUGAGGAACUUUGUGUCCCAGAAUGAAAUCUUAUAACACUGCAAUAUUCACACCUGGCAGACGUUGGGUUGCUCUGGUUUGGCCAUGGUAGGGUUGUUGUUGGACAGCAGAUCCAGCAGCCCAGAUGUGGCAGCAGGUCUUCCAAGCAAUGCAGUGCAAACACAGCCAGAAAUACAACCAGAUUAUGGGAAGAACACACAUUAUCAAGACUUCUUGGCUAAGGCAGCGCUGGCUGAGUGCCUGUGCUCAGGAGAUGGGGAAAUCCUUUUGAUCUGAAUUUUAUGGAAUAGUAUUUUGACACGGUGGUUCCAAAAAAUCCUAACAACCAACGCUUGUAAUUAAGGCUUUCUUUUCAACUGGAGCAUGCAGUCACAACUCUGGAACAAGUUUAUGGAUAGAUCAUACUGAGGAAAGAGGAAAUUGGUGACUCCCAGGCUGGUAGCUCAAACUCUGGGACAGGGUGUAGGACACUGGGGACUCACCAAACGUUUCUGUGCUGAAUUCUGCUGCAAACUUUAUGCAGUUUAGUUCCAAGUGUUUUCCUUUUCACUAUUUAUCCAGUCUUCUCUAUUUAAUAUUAAACUCUUUGGGGCAGAGCCUUUGUAGAUGCACCAUGUUCAGCCUCUGUUCUCACCUGGAACUUCUAGACCUUUCCAGAAUUAAUAUUAAAAAUAUGAUCUUCUUGUGCCUCAUGACAAAGGAGUUGGUUAUGAUGCUUUUUCCCCAAAUCAUGCCCUGCCUGUUUGGCAGUUCCCAAUGUGACACAACAGCACAUUGCUGCGUAAACACAUCCCAACAUCUGAACUGUUGGAAAAUCCAAGACUUAGAUCUGAGGUUCCAACUUUCCCAAGGAUGAUUUCAGAGCUGCCCUUCACAGUUACGAGCUGUGGUAUUCGGACAGUCCAGAUUUCAUUUGAUCUUCUUUGAGUUAUGGGGUAAUGAAUGAUGCAAGCAACCUCAGGCCCUCGUACCCUGUGAAUUUCAGUAACACAGGCUUUUUAUUUAAAAUCUGAUUCUCACCACGUGAGAAUGUAUGAAAAAGUUGCCAAGGAUUUGGGCUUUCCUCUUCUUUCGUCACUGGGGUUCUACCGUGGCCUGUUUUUGUUGGCAUCCAGCUUUUUCCCUUGGGUACUGUUUAUUCUUCCUUUCACAUGACUAAGAUUGGAUGAACUGUUCACACCAAAACUUUUAGUCAUGGAUUUAGCUUUCAAAUCAGUUUCUGGCUUCCAAAACCCCGGAAGUCUUUCAUUGUUUUUGGGCUUAUCUGAUGAUCAGUUGGUGUGGAAGUAAUUUUCGGCUUGUGAUAUUUCCUGGUACAUUCUUGAGGGUUCGAUCCAUUGACCAGGUGAUUUCAGAAUAAGUAAAAACCUUUCAGAGGGUCAGGAAUAGUCAGGCUGACUCACUGCUAUGGAUAUCUACUUUCUAUUUUGAUCACAGUGACAAAAAGUCCUUCUGCUAUUACUGAUAAAAAAAAAAGAAAGAGAGAAAGAAAGGAAGGAAAGAAGGAAGGAAAACAGAAAGAAAACAAAAUUCACGUUUUCUUUUUUGUCCUUUCCUCAUUAAAGAAACUUAAAAGAAUCCCCUUGAUGUGUCCAUGUCGUCGUCACCUCCACUGCCAUCACUUCACCCCUAUGGACCCUUAUCAAUCUUUCCCAUCUUGGAAUGGGGUUUUUAACUUCUAUCUGCCACAGCCUUGAUGAGCAACACCAAUGAGAAGCGUCAGCAAGUCUGGCAGUUGGGAGCUAUGGCUCUUGAAUAUUGAGAAGGCAGCUAAUGAAUGAAAAUACGCGUUCACUCCUACCUUUCCCUGAGUGCUUUGACUUGAAAGAGAAAGCCUAUUCUUUAAAAAGCUAAAGGAGCUCUCUUCAUAGGUUCAUUUUAUUCUAUUAUUUUGCCAGAUGGAGAAAAUCCUGACAAGGCAGCACUAAGCUCCUCAGCCUGUGGCUUUUUAAUACCGAGGGAUAAAACUAUUUGGCCUCUACUGCAUUGCCUCUGAGAGCUAAGAAUAAAUUAGAGCCAUAAAGAGAGCCCAUUAAUUGAGUGCAAUUUUGCCAUUGGUUGUAAAACUGUUAGAUAGCUCUCACUGAAGCGAGGCCCCAAGCCAAGCAGCAGCCUCCUUGCUUUCUAGUAUUCUCCGAGUCACUUCACUCUCUCAUCACUUUCCCUUCUUUUAUUUCCUGCUUCUUUGGGGCAGUUUAUUUUUGACAACAACUCUGCUAAAGAAGUAAAUAAAUCCGGGCUGAUCCUUUGCACUUUGCCAUGGCUUUUCAGCACCGUCCGUGGCAACACUUUGGAGAAGGACCUGGUCCCAUGGUCUCAGCUUCCCACUGGCUCUGCUCACCUCAACCUGCCCUUCCUUGAGCCCUGGAUGCUCCCAAGGAGCAGUCAGUAACAGAGCUAAAAUGACAGAUAAAACCUGAAAAUUCCUCCCCUGGUUCUCAGAUGGGGCAAAUGUGCAGCUUUAUUUGUGUCUCCUUUAUUGCUAUGUUGACCAGGAAGGAAGCAGCAGCAUCUCACCCUUCUCAGAAGGGAUCACACUCUUAAACUGUAUUUUGCUCGAAGAAGAAGCGUCCACAGGUGUUGAUAUAUGCCAUUAUUUGUGACCCUGGUGUAUUAUUGGCCUGAUUCUGGCUGUUGUUAAAUGCCUUAAGAAAAUUUAGUAGGAAUCUUAGAAGUCAAGCCAGUGCAGUUCACUUCCAUCCAAGCUCAUCCAGGGGCAGCAAAACAAAGUUGAAUCAUGUUUGAUAUCAGAGAUUGUAGAGUUGGAGCUGAAGGCUAAAGGGAGGAAGGGGCUAAUUGGCAUGAAUAGCCAAUUAAAAGGAACAGUUAGUGAGGAGCUUUAUGGGGACCUCUGGCUGAUGCUUCUCCUAAAAGUGGAAGUGAUAACAGCGCGUGUUGGGUGUGAAGAGCACGGGAAAGCCUCAAAGCAAAGGCAGCUUCUGUAGGAGGAAGAGCUGUAGGACACAGAUUCUGACAAACACCCCUUGUGACAGCAUGGGUCGCACUGCAUGACCUCAGAACCCCUUUUCAUGGUGGCUGUAGGACUACAAGAAGAAAACACAGAACCAUAAGGAAGCAGAGUCUUGGAAAAGUGUUUUGGCUGAGUCUGUCCUGCAGCACCCCACCCAGAUGAGCUCAUGUUUAAAAAUCCUCAGUGACCAUUUUCAAAACAGAUUUGGGGAUCUUGAAGGUUUAGGGUGGGUAAGAGUAGAGAAGCAGAAUGGCACAACAUGUUCUGAAGCUGAGAUGUCUUAAAGGAGAGUGAAGGCCCAGAGCUCUUGGCACACAGUUCCUGCUGUGGGGCCAGAGCCUUUAUCCCCUCUGUACUCAGCAUUGCCUCUGGGCUGCAAGGGCUGCUCACAGGCAGCUGCUACCCUCCUCUGUUGCAAGAUGAGGAUGUUGUACACCAUGACUAAAUUCAUCAUGUUUUCCUGAGAUGCCAUAUCCUGCAGGUAUUAGCACACCAUUUCCCUUCAAACACAUCCACAGCAUCUAAAUUUAGGAUUACCAUUUCCCUAUACAGCCAGCUCGAAGCAAGAACUUUCAGGAGGUGAGUCACAGCACCCAAAUUAGCUGCCUAUAUUAAACACUGUCAGCUGGUGACUGAGUCUUCACUGAGUCUAUGAAGCCUUGGCUCUCAUCAUCUCCAGUCACGACAACUGAAUUCAAGGGUUUUUUAAUCUAUGGCCUGAUCACUUAUAGGCACUUUCUACAGCUUCCUAUGGAGUUCAGUGAGGCUGUGAGACUCCUGGAAAGCCCACAGCUCACCAGCAGAGGAGACACCAAUGCCAAGUGGGAAAGUUGUUGGAUGUAUGGAUGCAAAGAAGUCUUCCCUGCAUGGGUUGUUUCACUCCCAGCACUGCAUAUUGCUUGGACUCAUCCAGAACUGAUAGGGGGAGAGCAACAUCUUGUAAUUAAGAACCAAUUCAGUACUAAGAGUUCACAUGAAAAGUUGGGUGUUUUUUUCACUCUUUCAGUUUUAUGAAUCUCCAUUUUCUUGUGGUUUUUUUGUUUGUUUGUUUUAUUCUGCUUCUUCUUUGCUUCUAUUUGUCACACUUAUAAAAAAAAUGAAUGGAGGAAAAGAAAUAUGAAGGAGGAAAAAAAGAAAAGAAACCACAGAAAUGUGAAGAAUUUGGAUAAAGCCCAGACUGAAGGGUCAAAUGAGCUCUACUGAUGCUCUGACUCCAAGGAUGUGAGUGCGCUGUGACAGAAGCAACCAUCUGAAAAGAAGUAUUUCUAAAGCUUAUGCUUAAGAGGAAGAAUAAGUUGCAUGUUUGAAAAUGAGAACAUGUGAUUUGUUAAUAAUUUAUAUGAAUGUAAUUCCAAGGGCUUCAGUUGAGGUCCUCAGGCUUGACAGUGGUAGAAGAGCAGAACUUCUGCCUUUGGCAAGCAGAUUGUGUGCAGAAUAUCAGAACCUUUAUAUGUAAAGGGUGUUUUUUCAUAUAUAAGCCUGUGUUGUGAGACAGUGCAUUGGGGGCUUUAGCAAUAGACACAUGUCCAAGAAUUGUAUCGUGUCAAAUAAAAAAAUAUUGUGUUAAUUAUUCCAGUUUAAAUAUUGAGGUGGGGGUGGGGAGGCAGCAUUUCCCUGAAUAAACACAUUCUGAUUCAUAACACA